GUCUGUGCUGAGAAUUGAAAACAUGAAUCAAAUAUGCAUUGGAUUUUUUGUGAUUUUGUCCCUCUUCAAUGGGGACUUUGCAAAUACCAUCUACCGAAAAGGAGAGGAGGUACCAAUCAAUUGUGACCCCAAACCCGGCGUCAUUACAUUCUGGUUUCAAAUAAACAGAAGUGGUGCAAAGUAUCUGUUCACUGUUAAAAGCACAGAUGUAAAGGGUAAUGUUAAUCAGACAAAAUACAAAGUGAACAAAAGUGGUAAGGGUAGUUUGGCCAUUCAGUCUUUCGAUAAAAAGACAGACAGUGGUUUCUACACCUGCGCAGCCAUGAACAACAAUAAACUCAUCUUUGGAGAGCUGACUGAAAUUAAUGGAGAACCAGAUCCAACAACACCACCUCCAAAAAUUGCUCCAUUAUCAACGAAAUUUGCUCCAACACCACCGAUGGCUACGACAAAAUCACAGUGUAAAUGUUCAGAACAAGUCAAGCCCAGCAUUAACUGUGCGAUUUGGAUAUUGUCAUCUCUGGCCUCUGGUUGUGUUCUUCUCCUCAUUCUGCUGAUCAUCACAAUUUUUUAUUGCAACCACCCAGACCUGCUGGCCAUGCAAAACUGCCCAACAACCAGUUCUAGCUCCAGUAUAGACACAGGAAAGUCCAGUACUGGUUAAUGAUAUCUUUGAUUCAAUUUCUUCUCACUAAGCAAAUUUAAAAGCAGUUUCUUCCUUUAUGAUUAUUCAGACUGUACAGCCUUAAAUCUUAAUCUUUUAAUAUUUCACACUGAACACGUUCAAAACAUCACUAUUUCUUUUCCAGUGAGUUUAGACGAUUUUUAAAGUCAUUAUGUCUUUGUAUCGGUUAGGGUUACAUUUAAUACUAUGACAGCACUCAGACUGUUUUUUUUUUAUUAUUAUUUUAAUCUGUUCCUAGUAAAAUGUUUUGGUGUUUGCUUCAAUGUAGGCUAAUUAAAUGUUAAUUUAAUUAAAUGAUGAUUUAAAGUGAUCACAAAAGCAUUUUAAGCUUUAAAUUACAUCAUGUUCAGUGUCACAUUGCAUAACUGUAAUCAGUUUAAAAGAGAAAUCUGCCAUCUGCUGGCUGUCAGUGAUAUGAAGAACCUCAGAUCAGUCUCAUAGAUUGUGCUGAGAUACUAAGUUUACAGAACGAAUUGCAUUCCUUUUGCUGUCUAUUUCUACAUUCAUUUGUAACUAAAAUUCAGUUGCAAAUAAACAAAAUAUGAAGUAAUCAUACCAUAUACCCAUAUCAGUGAUGUAAAGAAUUUCAAAUUAAGGUCUUGA